AUGGCUUGGUCACAUCUCGACAUCACCAAGCCGCACUUGGUCUACAUCAUCCUAGGCGGCUUUACCUCCCUCUUCAUGCUCUGCUCCUCCUUCAUCAAGGAGCGCAUGUACAUUGGCGAGGCCACCGUUGCCACCCUUUGCGGCGUCAUCUUCGGCCCCCAUGCCGCCAACCUCAUCAACCCCAACGAAUGGGGCUCCGUCGACAUCGUCACCGUCGAGUUCUCCCGCAUUGUCCUCGUUGUCCAGUGCUUCGCCGUUGGUGUCGAGCUGCCAAAGUACUACAUGGAGCGACACUGGAAGUCCGUCAUCUUUCUCCUCCUCCCCGUCAUGACCUUUGGCUGGCUCAUCACCUCCCUCGUCAUUUGGUGGAUGAUCCCCGCCCUGUCUUGGCUCGAGUCCCUCGUCGUCGCCGCCUGCGUUACAGCCACCGACCCCGUUCUCGCUUCCUCCGUUGUCGGCAAGGGAAAAUUCGCUAAGCGCGUCCCCAAGCAUCUCAGGGAUCUUCUCUCCGCUGAGUCUGGCUGCAACGACGGCAUGGCCUUCCCCUUCAUAUAUCUCUCCCUCUACCUCAUUCAGUACCACCGCGACGCCGGCGAAGUCAGCUUUCACUUCAUCGUCUACGUCAUCCUCUACGAAUGCAUCUUCGGUGCCGUUUACGGCUUCAUGAUUGGCUACAUUGCCCGCCAUGGCAUUCGCUUCGCCGAAAAGCACGACCUAAUCGACCGAGAGAGUUUUCUCGUCUUUUACUUUGUCGUCGCCCUCUUUUGCGCUGGCUCCGGUAGCAUUCUCGGCGUCGACGACCUGCUCGUCGGCUUUGCUGCUGGCGUUGGCUUCUCCAACGACGGCUGGUUUGGCGAAAAGACCGAAGAGUCUCACGUUUCUAACGUUAUCGAUUUGCUCAUCAACUUGGCCUAUUUUGUCUACUUUGGCACCAUUAUUCCCUGGGAGCAAUACAAUUCCGGUUACUUCGGCGUUACCGCUUGGCGUCUCGUCGUUAUUGCUGUCUUUGUUCUCCUCUUCCGCCGCAUCCCCAUCAUGUUGGCCCUCAAACCUCUUAUACCCGAUGUUCGAAAUUGGCGAGAAGCCUUGUUCGCCGGUCAUUUCGGCCCAAUUGGCGUUGGCGCCAUCUUUGUCGCUAUUCUCGCCCGUGCCGAGCUUGAGCACGGAGAGCCCGUCCCACUGUCCCAAAUGCCAGAACCAGGGUCGGCAAAUUACUCGUUAAUCUACCUCGUCUGGCCUAUUGUGACAUUCCUCGUCAUUUCAUCCAUCCUCAUUCACGGCUCUUCCAUCGCCGUCUUUACUCUCGGCAAGCGAAUCAACACACUAUCCCUCACCAUGUCCUAUACUGCCGCCCCCGAAGACGGUCCUUCUUGGAUGAACCGACUGCCGCGAAUCUCGUCGCAAUCCCGCUCACAGGCCAAGACCAUGUCCGAGGCCUCGUUCGACCUCAAGGACCCUCAGUAUCCUGCUGGCACGUUAGCGCCUCCUGGUGGCCUCUUGCGCCGCCAGAAGGAAGAGGACCAAAGCCGACCCGGCAGCCGCCCUUCCUCCCUCGUCUCCCGCAAGCGCAAGCACAAGAAGUGGGACGAUGGCAUUGGUCCUGGUGGUCCCGUCUCCCAGUCGGCCAUUUUCCCUAAUCGACAGUCCAUCUCCCCCGCUGAUGAGCAGGCCAGCACCAGCCAGCCCGCUACCGACUCGACUCUCACUGACAACGGCAAAGAGAAGCCAGAGAAACUUCACGACGAGCGCGACCACCAUGCCGACGACGAGAGCCCCGCUUCGCCUCAGCGCGUCAAUGUUUACGAGGAAGGUCACCAUCUCGUCUUCGAAGACCAGGACGGCGAGGUCAUUGACGCGGUCGACAUGGAUGCCGUUCCGACCCCCGACAAAGACUCUUCUCAGGAGCCAGGCACCGCUCCUCAGCCAGCAGAAGACGGAUCUUGGUCUUUGGGUGGGCUUCGUCGUCGGUUCAACGAUAUGUACAGCCAAGAGGUUGAGAAGCGCAAAGACAAAUCUAAGCAGUCUCGCAACCACGAGCCUGCUCGCGCUUACCAGUUUGGUAAUCAGAUUAUUGUUGAGGACGAAGACGGCGAAGUCGUCAAGACGUUCCAGCUCCCGUCUUCUAAAACCAGCCAAGAUUCUAGUGCUGUCCUAGGCUCAAGCCUCAAGUAUCUUGGCCUUGGCGCUCUAUCACGACAGAAUGAAAAGAACCCACAGGCAGCUGCCGAAGAGGGCAGAGCCGACCGGGACGAAACCCCUCGAUCUAGGUGGACCGCCGUCCGUCGCAUGACUGGCACCGCGCCCGAGCAAAAGCCUGACAACGAUGAUGAUCACAACAUUCGCUUCACUAUUGGCGGCGUCGGCCGACGCAUGAACAAGGAAGACUUUAUCAAGGAAGUGCAAAAGCUCGACGCCAAUACGCGCAAAGAGGUUGCCGAGCAAUCCACCGCUACACGGCCCAUCAAGGAGGUAGCCAAGCGCAAUCCCAAUUUUGUGCAGCCCACCAGUGGCCCUAGUGUGCCGCGCAUCGUCGAAACGCGCGCCGGUAGCAGCGAUCGCGCGAAGCGCUCCGAUGAAUCGAGAGCCCGCGGCCGUCCAGCCGGAAAGGAGUCGCGACCCACACCACCACAGCUCUCACCGCCGGGGCCCUCGACGUCGCAACCCUCGGACGAGCAACACGAAACGCCUGUCGAGAGACGCCGGCGCCUCGCCCUCCGCGGUCAGCAAAACAAGCGCAGCGAUAACCCCGCGGCGCAGGGCGACGCAGGCGAGACACCGGCGGAGCGCCGCCGUCGCGAGGCUGCUCUGGGCAUGGGCGAGAGUGAAGGUGACAGCGACUCGGAAGACGAGGGCGACGAGCGCGUGCCGCCUGCGCGCCGCGGUAUUCGCUUUGCCGAGCCCAGCAGACGUUGA